AGUUGCAGCGGAGUGCUGCGGUAGCCAAGUCAAGGGAGCGCUGGGAAACUCCUUCCAGAUACUCUCUGUUUAUUAUUUAUUAUUUAUUUGCUUAUCUUUAGUUUUAUUUAUUUAUAUGGUUCCUUGCCCGUUUAAAUCGAGUUAGAAUCUCGAGGAGGGUUAAUUGGUUAAUUAAUUAUCUUAUUAAUUAAUUAAAUUUAAUUAUUAUUCUAUUCCUCCCCACCGCUCGUUUGAAUUUUGAAAAGCAGACCUGCUCCGCUCCCCUCCUGCCAGCCGCCGCCGCUGCCUUCCGCGUCUGCCCCUUCUCCUUCUGCUGCUGCGCUCCCACUGCUCUACACACACUCUCUCCCCCGGGUCCUCACUCCUCCUCUUCGGUUUUCGAUUUUACGCUGCCUGAUGAGAGAGAUAGAUGCAAAUCGUCUAGUUUCCAGUGCAUAGGCAUUGUUGCUCCGUGACUGAACAAACGUGCGAGCCACCUGUCCAUGAACUUAAGAGGCUCCUUCCCUGGGUAUUGCUUGAUUUCUAAAAGGAUGCACUGUCCAAAUCUUCAGAUAGAUUCUGUGAAUGAGUACAAGGAUGGUCAUCCAUCCACAUCAGAGGUGAGCAAUUCUGUUGGAGGAGCUGGAGGCCUGAAGUCAUGUGCUAGAAAAUUUUCUAAAGGUUCUUGCAGAUUCCAGCUAGAACAAGAUGUUCAAAGGCUUCAAAAAUUGCUGCUAGGGGAGAUGGAAUUACAUGCUGUCCUUGAAAAUGCUGUGGAGCAUGCUGCUAUAACUUUAUCUGAUUUAUCCUGCCUUCCAAAUGAUGCUCAGGAACUAUUAUCCAAUAUUGCAACAUUGGAGACAACUGUUUCAAAACUUGAAGAGCAGAUGAUCUCUUUGCAUUUUCAGCUUAUUCAAGAAAGAAAUGAGAGAAGACUUGCCGAGUAUCGAUUGAAACAGUUACCUUCACAGCAACUGCUCAUCUGCUCUGCCGAAAAUGACACAAUAGAAGACACGCUUGUCCAGGAGAAGGUCUCUCGAGUAGCUUUUCAGCAUGUAGCUGCUGGAAAUUUCAAAAGUCAGAUUCCAGCCAAAGGCCUUUGGAACCACCCUAAUCAGCUUUCAGAGGAACUAGUCCGUUGUAUGAAAAACAUUUUUAUUUCUUUAGCAGAUUCUUCCAAUUUAUCCUACAAAUCUUCCUUAUUGGAAAAUAUUUGCUCUGCCUCUCCUGUUGGACAUCUUUCAAAUUCAUCAUCUUGGUCAGUAUCUGAGCCAUCAACAACUUUGUCAUGGGUGGAGAGCCCUCAAGGUGAUUUGGAAUGUAAUAGCGAGCUUUUAGCCAUGGGAAGUAUGUCUGAUCUAUACAAAGUUCGUGGAAAAUUAAGUUGGGCUGAUAUUGGAAAUUAUAGUUUAGCAACUGAAGUUUCAUGGAUGUCAGUCAAUAAAGAGCAACUUGAAUAUGCUGCCGGGGCACUUCAUGGAUUCAGAUUAUUGAUUGAGCAACUGGCAGAAGUAAAUCCGAUCCACCUUGAUGGCAAUGAGAAGCUGGCAUUUUGGAUCAACUUGUACAAUGCACUAAUCAUGCAUGCUUAUCUAGCAUAUGGAGUUCCAAGAAGUGACAUGAAGCUUUUCUCUCUAAUGCAAAAGGCUGCUUACACGGUUGGAGGGCACUCAUUCAGUGCUGCUUGCAUUGAGUAUGUAAUAUUAAAGAUGAGGCCUCCAGUCCAUAGGCCACAAACUGCUUUACUUCUUGCCCUUCACAAAUUGAAGGUAUCUGAUGAACAGCGAAAAUUCUCCAUUGAGACAUCCGAACCACUUGUUGCAUUUGCUCUGAGCUGUGGAACAUACUCUUCACCUGCGGUAAAGAUUUACAGCCCCAGAAAUGUGAGAGAGCAGCUCCAAGAGGCUCAGCGCGACUUCAUUCGUGCAUCAGUUGGAGUCAGUAACAAAGGGAAGCUUCUGGUUCCAAAGAUGCUUCAUUGUUUUGCCCGAGGAUUUGUUGACGAUGCCAGCAUAGCAAUCUGGAUAUCUCAUUUCCUUCCUCAGCAACAAGCAGCCUUUGUUGAACAAUGUAUAUCACGGAGGCGGCAGAGCUUUCUUGGAUCCCGAAAUUGUGGCAUCAUCCCUUUUGAUUCUCGAUUUCGAUACCUUUUCCUUCCUGAAAAGUUGCCAUAAUCUUUCGCUUUGAACAGCCCAUUUCAGACAAACCUUGAUCCGGGAAUCUGAUGAAGGAUAAUUCUACCAACCCAUUCUUAAACGUUACUGCUUGAGUUUUCAACACUGAUCUCAUGCUGAGUCCGUUCUCCAAGAGCUAACCUAUUCUGUUUGGUUAAUGCUUCUGUUGGUCUUCAUCUUGAAGACCUCACUGCUUGCUAAUAUGGUUGAAUUCUCAUAGCUCCAUAAUGCCGAUCUAUAAAGCUGGAUGUCUCAAGUGUAACAACAUGGAAGUGCAGUGGCCUAGAAAUAAGAAGGAGAAUGUUGCACAGUUGUGCCAGAAGGCAGUGUCUCUACAGGGGAUGGCGUGCAUACCUGUGUUUCAGGUUGGAAAUGAUGUGUUUUUCGGAUGAACUUUGAUUCCUAUCAGAGGGUCAUGUAUUUCCAGGCCAUGUCAAAUUAAAGAUUGUUCGUCUUUCUUGUCUAGCUGUUUGUGGAAUUUGAUAAAGUUAUGUUCCUCUUGUUUACUUGUAAGUGCAAAAAGAACUUAACCUUC